GAACACCCAGGUCACGUGAUAGCAUUCCAUUCGCAAGAUCGUCGAGAGAGCCCAAGUAAAGUCAGCGUUGUGUCUCACAUUCAUCGUUCCGAAGAGCUCGACGGCUAUACCCAGGAGAAGAAUUGUUUGCUAGCUCUGGAUAUACUCAGAACCCCUUAAAUACUACCACUACUUACAGUGUAAAACCCGCUGUCAUAAAAGGAACGUCGACAUUAAACAGAAAAGAUAAAUAUACCUAGUUAUUAAAAGCGCACUGCGAUGUUCCGCUGGAAGAGGUAGCGUAUACAGCUAGAGAUCAAGCGACUGCAAUGGCUCCCAUCGACCCACUGCAGUUACUGAAGGCACUUUCGCCACUUCUCUCCGCAGAGGGUGGCAUCCGCAGUUCGGACGAGGUCUCCAGGCUCUCUAGUCUGAUGAAAAAGUUUUCGCGCAAGCUGGUCAGCCGCUGUAUCUACUGUAACGUGCUCAGUGCCACAUCACCGGACAUCCUGGAGGUGUUUCUGGAGCUGGACGGAUGGUCCACCAUCCACUGCUGGCUUCAGGAAGCGAAGGCCGCAGAAAAUGUUCCAUUCCUGCUGGAGCUCCUGAAGCUGUGCCAAGUCCUUCCUAUGUCCCUGGAACGGUUAAAGGAGAACAGCACGCCCAAGCUGGUGAAGGGACUUACCAAGAGUGCCAGUGAGGAAGUGAAGACGACCGCAGAGAAGGUCGUGUCGGGCUGGAUGAAGCUCAUCAAGGGGGACGGGUUGAAGGACGGAGCAAUCAAGUCUUCCAAGGAAGAGUCCUCGAAGAAAAAGGAGAAGAAACUGAAGAAUUCCUCGAACUCAAACUCUCCCAAGUCCCCCGCAGCCAAGAGGGAACGUUCGAAGGAGUCCACGGAGUCCACGUCUCCCGAGGAGGGCUCAAAGUCCGAACAACCGCCGAAGAAGGCGAAACCCGAGAGGCCCAAGACGGUUAAGACGUUCCAGACCAAGUUCCGGUCAACCGGCCUGGAAGAAGCGGCCCUCCCUCCUCCAAAGGCCGGAUCGAAGAAGCCGACCGGUCGGCCGCCGGUAGACAAAAACGCCGUUCUCUCCGCGCGGCAGCGGUUGACCCCCACCGUCCACACGGAACGAAAGGUCAAACCGUCUAGCUUGGUGUCCCUGAACGCGGACUCAAACCAUGUGACACCUCCCCCCGGGGGUAUCAAGCUCAUUGCUCCGAAGCCGGUCCACGUGCUGCAGGAAGACGGCGGAUUCAUGGAUGCCCUCACCGCCACUCCGGCUGCCGGCGCAGCCCCGGGGAAGAGAAAACGGAAGCCCUCGGCAACGGGGGGAGCCGCGGGAGCAAAGGCGACGUCGCCGACGAGCCCGUCGAACACUCCGCCGAAGUUCCAGUUCUACAAGGACACUCUCGAAACUGGCGAGGAGGAGACGAAGGUCAAGGAAGAGAAGGAGGAGGAGGAGGAAGGGAUUGGGAAGGGAGUGAAACGGAGAAGACGAGGGACGGUCAAGGAGGAGAAAGAGAACGGGGUGGAGGAAGAGGGGAGCGAGGAAGGCGGGCCGCCCACUCCGACGGCGGAUGGUGCGGCGGAGGAAGAGGAGACGAUAGAGGGAGAGGAGGUGAAGGCGGAGAAGACAAACUCGAUCCUCUCGCAGACGAGGAAAAAGGCCAAGAAGACCGUGAGGUGGGUGGAAGACAGCAAGCUGAAGCAGUUCCACUACUUCGAGAUGGACGAGACUGAGAGAGUUAACGUGAACACAAUGCAGAACUUUGGCGAGAUGAAAUCCAUGGAGAUGAAGCGGGAGCGGCAGGCGGUGGAGUCUGCGCGCCGUUUCAUGGGCGAUCGCAUGGAAGAGACGAUUCCUUUCACGAUGCCCCGGCGCAUCGACCUGCCAGAGCCCCUGGUGGAGGUCGGCAGCGGCAGCCAGGAGAAGGAAGUACAGAAGGCUAAGCAGCUGACCACCCUGCAGGAGAUCUACUUCUCCAAGGAAAUGAUCCCGGAUUCUCCUCACGAACCGGACGGAGAACAGGUUCAGACGCAGGAUGCCAAGACUAUUCCCCUGGAAGAUGAGAAUGGCCCAGCUGCAACCCUGGACUACUCUCACAUGGAUGUGCCCAAGGCCAGCACUGUAGUGAGCAAUAACAGCAAUAGCAUCACUAGUAGCCUGCCUCCCAUCUUGUCCAACCUGGUGAUGUCCAUAGCUAAGGGUCCGCCCCUGAAUGAUACUCUGGUCAACCCUGUCGGGGUACCCGAUCAGCAACAGCAACAGCAGCAGCAGCAACAACAACAACAGAUGAUGUCAAACGGUCCUUUUGGCAUGGCGCCUAACCAGAUGAUGCCUCCUCAAGGUAUGAACAUGAUGGGUCCCCCGCCUCAGACCUUCGAUGGCUUUCCGAUGCAAGGCAUGGGCGGAAUGAUGGGUGGCCCCGGAGGGGACUGGGGGAUGAUGGGGGGUGGACCCCCCCACGAGGGAAACGACUUUUACGGCGGACCUCUCCCGCCCAUGGGCCCCAUGGGAAUGGGAAUGGGCCCGAUGGGCCACAUGAUGGGACGAGGAGGAGGUGGUGGUGGUGGUCCGGGACCUCGGAAUCGUAAUCCCAGAAUGCGCAAUCAGACUCCACGUGUUCCCUGCAAAUACUUCAUGUCCAACAACUGCAGGUACGGUGCUAACUGCACCUUCCUGCAUCCGGGCUUCAAUGGACCUCGACUGCCGUAGCCCCUCACUCACCUCGGAGAUGUUUAUACCAGUGUGUUAAUAAUGUACAUAAGCAGAACAUUAAUGUACAUAAGAUCAUAAGCUCAAUACUUUCACUGUUACCAUGCAUGUUGCCUGUAUAGACAUUACUAUUUAUUGUUCUCUGUGUGGCCAACCUAGUUGGGAACUUCAUGACAUCGUCCUCCGCCUCAAAGAACACGUUUGUACAUAAGAAUGGGCCACCAUUCCACAGUGUUUGUUUUCAUAUUUUGUGUCACACAUUAUGAAGGUACUGUAUCAUAUUGUGCAGCGCUCCUGCACGGGGAAGAUAUUUGUUAUAAAAAUUUGAAAGAUUUUUCGA